AUGGCUCCUGGUGGUCUUGGGUCCAGCCUUUGGCGUGGUUAUACCUCUGUUCUUCUCUUCUUGGCUGUCUCGACUAUCUCUGCCACUUCAACUAUUGAUAACGGCAAACUGUUUACGGUCAAUGGAAUCAACUACUAUAGCGGUGAUGCGGUCUCGAAAAUAGUCACCUCGGAUCUUGAUUCGACUCGGUUCGAUGCAAUCGUUCCCAUGACGAUCAUCCGGACAGAGGAAGCUCUGCUUACUGCGGACAUCAUCAAAGAGACCAUUUCAAACUACUCUGCUACCGAUGAUGUUUUUCAGACUGGAUUCAUUGAAGCGGUUCUCCUUGUCUACGAUGGGGAUGGGCGAGGCCAAGUCGAGUCUACUGUUCAACAAGCUCUGCGGGGACUUGGAAAUAAACUUGUGAUGGCUUCUUCCAGUUACCAAUCUGGAAGCAAUAUCACAUCCGCCGGACUACGCCAUGACAUACCAAAGGGGCCCUAUUUCUACUCCCCGCGCACUGGAGAGAUCUAUCAGGCCUUCCGUCUUUAUCCUGAUCAUCAGCUAGCAUUUACUGAAGCUGCCCUUAGCGAUGGAACCGGAGGAUUCAAGCCCUUGCCAGCAACCUCAUUGGGUGCCAUGACGAAGAGUGUUGCUGUGCCAUCUAGGUUAUACUAUACGCCAACAUCAACAAAGCCGCUUGCAGGGUUACGUUUGGGAGUGAAAGACAUCUUUGAUUUGAAGGGACUACGGACUAGCGGCGGCAAUCGGGCCUUUUACGAUUUAUAUCCUCCGCGAAACACCACUGGCCCCGCACUCCAAAGGCUGAUAGAUGCGGGGGUCAUUAUUGUAGGGAAAAUGGGCACUGUUCAAUUUGCGAAUGGAGAUAAUCCCACCGCUGACUGGGUCGACUUUCACUGUCCUUUCAACCCUCGAGGCGAAGGCUAUCAAAGCCCCGGUGGUUCAUCGUCAGGACCUGGUGCCGGUAUCGCAUCUUACGACUGGCUAGACAUUACCGUUGGAAGUGACACGGGUGGCUCUAUGCGCAACCCAGGGGGGGCUGCAGGGAGUCUUUGCCAAUCGCCCUUCUACGGGAGCUCUGGCGUUUUUGCUCGCGAUGCUGCAACCUGGUCAAGGGUUAUGCAUGCGUGGUACCAGAACUUUACUAACUAUAGAGACUAUCCGAAAAGGUUGUUCUACCCGAACUCUUCGUUUCCCAGAUCCAACACAGCAUCUGGUGCACUUCUUGAGGAAUUUGUUACAAAGGUGGAAGACUUCCUGGGCACAAAGAGGGAGUUUGUUGAUAUCGCUUCGCAUUGGGAGAAAAGUCACCCUUCUGAUACACCCUGGAAUAUAACUGACUUACUGAAUACAACAUAUGCAGUGUUGGUAUCGGUCGAUCAAUAUCGCUCUCUUUCUUUGCCGUUUUACGCAGACUACGCAGCCAAGCACGACGGUCGCCGACCAUUUGUGAACCCAGGUCCAUUGUUGCGAUGGGCCUGGGGCCAGAAUAAUGGUGGCGAUGCCGCAUACGGCGAAGCUCUCAAGAACAAAACGAUCUUCAAAGACUGGUGGGAAUCCGAUGGUUACGGAAAGACAGACGAAAAGACCUGCUCUGAGGGUAUCUAUAUCUAUCCUUACAGCAAGGGUCAAACUCAGUAUCGGAAUACCUAUUUUGAUGCACCUUCCGGACCUCCGAUGGGCUUUAAGGAUGGUCGGGUGGCCAUCUUGGCCGGUACCCCUGAUCUGGUAGUUCCUGUUGGAGAAGUCCCAUACUACUCCACCGUCUCGCUCAAAACGGAGUUCAUGCCGGUUACGAUGAGUUUCGGCGCAGCACGGGGUUGUGAUUUGAUGCUGGUCAAUCUCAUCGAGGAUUUGGAACAGGCGGGUAUUUUGAAGCCCGUGAGCACAGGACGAAGGAUGUAUCCUGCGUAG